UUAGCUUUAUGUAAUCAUACACAAAUUAUCAAAUUCAAUCGAGGAUACAAUAUAAAGGAAUUGUUUGCACAUGUAGGGGAGCUCAGCCGACUCUUGAACUUGCUUUGUCAAACCACGAUUUAACUGUGUUUAUUUCUGUACCAUAGAGGCGUUCCUGGGAAGAAAGGUUUGCUACGGCCACAACCUCGCCUGGGACGGUAACUAGGCACCAUCGAGUUCAACAAUCGGAACGACACCAUCCCUAUCCCAGGCAGCAGACUGGGCCACACCAAGGGAUGGUCCCAAACGUCCGCCAGCCCAACCCGCGACAGUACCACCCAGCGGGGAUGGUCCCAAACGUCCGACAGCCCAACCCGCGACAGUACCUCUUGCCGGGGAUGGUCCCAAACGUCCGACAGCCCAACCCGCGACAGCCCCACCCAGCGGGGAUGGUCCCAAACGUCCGACAGCCCAACCCGCGACAGCACCUCUUGCCGGGGAUGGUCCCAAACGUCCGACAGCCCAACCCGCGACAGCCCCACCCAGCGGGGAUGGUCCCAAACGUCCGACAGCCCAACCCGCGACAGUACCUCUUGCCGGGGAUGGUCCCAAACGUCCGACAGCCCAACCCGCGACAGCCCCACCCAGCGGGGAUGGUCCCAAACGUCCGACAGCCCAACCCGCGACAGUACCUCUUGCCGGGGAUGGUCCCAAACGUCCGACAGCCCAACCCGCGACAGCCCCACCCAGCGGGGAUGGUCCCAAACGUCCGACAGCCCAACCCGCGACAGCACCUCUUGCCGGGGAUGGUCCCAAACGUCCGACAGCCCAACCCGCGACAGCACCACCCAGCGGGAAUGGUCCCAAACGUCCGCCAGCCCAACCCGCGACAGCACCUCUUGCCGGGGAUGGUCCCAAACGUCCGACAGCCCAACCCGCGACAGCCCCACCCAGCGGGGAUGGUCCCAAACGUCCGCCAAUCUGUCCGACAGUCGCAGCCGCACCCCGGACAGUACUGAAACUUGCAUAUGAUUUGGUAUGGUAUCCUGGAACUUUAGUCAUUAGCUAUUCCUUGGCUGAACUGGGUGGAAUUUGACUUUGA